CGCAGCGCGGACAGAACAGCGCCUCUGCAGCAGAAGGAGACAUGCCCCGGUGUAAAUAUGGCGUCAGCCUUGGACCAGGAGGAAAUCUCCAAAGAUGAUUAUUAUUCACUGCUGAACGUGCGCAGAGAGGCCACACAUGACGAGCUGAAGGCGUCGUACAGGAGACUCUGCAUGUUGUACCAUCCGGACAAACACAGAGACCCGGAGCUAAAGCGUCAGGCUGAGCAGCUGUUUAACCUCGUGCAUGAGGCAUAUGAAGUUCUCACCGACCCCCAAACCAGAGCCAUCUAUGACAUCUACGGCAAACGAGGCCUGGACGUGGACGGAUGGGAGGUGGUGGAGAGGAGGAGGACUCCUGCUGAGAUCCGAGAGGAGUAUGAACGUCUCCAGAAGGAGCGAGAGGAGAGGCGUCUCCAGCAAAGGACCAACCCCAAAGGCACCAUUAGCGUUGGCAUCGAUGCCACAGACCUGUUUGAUCGAUAUGAAGAAGACUUUGAAGAAAUGAACGGAGGAGGUCUGCCCCAUGUGGAGAUCAACAAGAUGCACAUAUCACAGUCCAUAGAGGCUCCUUUAACGACUAAAGACACGGCCAUUCUCUCCGGCUCUUUGUCGACUCACAACGGGAACGGCGGCGGCAGCAUCACCCUGGCCCUGAGGAAAGUCACAUCUGCGAAAGGAUGGGGAGAGAUAGAGGUCGGUGCUGGGGACGCUCAUGGGCCUCUUUUUGGAAUGAAGAUUUUUAGAAAUUUGACGCCUCGCUGCUUCGUAACUGCUCAGUGUGGGCUCCAGUUUUCCUCCAGAGGGGCGCGGCCUGGGUUUACCACGGUGCUGGCGCGUCACCUGGACAAAAACACCAUGGGCUACCUGCAGUGGCGCUGGGGCAUGCAGUCGUCUAUGAACACGAGCAUCAUCCGGGACACCAAGAGCAGCCAUUUUACUUUUGCAGUGCAGCUCGGCAUUCCUCACACUUUCAUGAUGAUGAGCUAUCAGUACAAGUUCCAAGACGACGACCAGACGAAGUUAAAGGGCUCUGUCAAGUCUGGGUUCUUUGGCACAGUCGUGGAGUACGGGGCGGAGAGGAAGAUCAGCAGACACAGCGUCUUAGGGGCGACUGUGAGCAUCGGCGUGCCUCAAGGCGUCUCCCUCAAAAUCAAACUUAACAGGGCGAGCCAGACAUAUUUCUUCCCAGUUCACCUGACUGACCAGCUGCUGCCGAGCGCCGUCUUCUACGCCACAGUUGGACCACUUGUUUUCUACAUUGCAAUCCAGCGGCUGGUCAUCCGGCCCUACAUGCGUGCCCAAAAGGAACAAGACUUGGAGAAGCGGCGGGAGAGUUCAGCCUCCAACAUUGCCAAGAAGAAACAGGAGGCAGAAGCAGCUGUGUUGCUGAUGCAGGAGUCUGUUCGCAGGAUCAUUGAAGCAGAGGAGUCCAGGAUGGGUCUCAUUAUCCUGAACGCCUGGUACGGAAAAUUCGUCACUGACAAUAGCAAGAAACACGAGAGGGCAAAGGUCGUAGACGUCACGGUCCCGCUUCAGUGUUUGGUGAAAGACUCAAAACUGAUCUUAACUGAAACUGCAAAGUCGGGCCUGCCCGGUUUCUACGACCCUUGUGUCGGAGAAGAGAAGAGCCUCAAAGUGCUGUACCAGUUCAGAGGAGUGAUGCACCAAGUUCUGUCUGGAGACACAGAGCCGCUUAGGAUACCCAAACAAUCUCACAGGAUCGACGGUGACACAUAAGGAUUCUCAUUCUGACCAAACGCCUGCGUCUGUGGCCCAUGGGACGUGUGAUAGACCUGUGUUUUAGAUUAUAUUCAUUUGAAUCCUUGUUAUAGAGAAGAUGUGAUCUUUAAUCAUUUAUACAGAGUGAGGUAUUGUGACCUGAAUUGACUUGUUCAGUGUUUAUGGACAAUGCUGGGGCCUGUUUAACGUGAUACUGUGAUGCCUAAAGUCAAUGCACAGGUUGGAUUUUAGGUGUUUGCAGGAUCCACUCAUGUUAAAGCAUGGACCAUGUGACUUAUGAACUGUUCAGUGCACAACUGCAGUGCCUACGUGAGACUGACGAGAAUAAAGGAACACACCUGUUGUUUGUGUUUUGUUUUUGGCCAUUUCUGACACACACACACAACACAC